UACCAUUAAAGGAAGUCUAUAAAGCCGAUUGUAGAGAUUACCUCCAAUAAAACCCGCCGUCCAUCACCAAAAGCUCAGAGAAGCUGUUGGUGGUUUCGGGAUUUCAAGCAGACGACGAUUGCUCCGCUCCAUAACGUCAUAGGAAAAUGGACUGCAGAAUGGUUGUGUUAUCAGGGAGAAAGUGCUGCUUCGUUUUAUUUUUGGUAUGUGCAUUGUUUAGUGUAAUCGGCGCCCAGUACCCCUCGGCCUAUAACUACGGCUAUCCCAGUGCCAACCCAACAGGCUACCAGCAGGCCGCCUACCCCCAGGCCUACCCCCAGGCUUACCCCCAGGCCUACCCCCAGGCUGGGUACUCCAGCAUGCAGCGACGCUUGGAUCAAAGGGACGUCAAGAACUGCUCCGAUAUUGACUGCAAGCAGGACGAGUGCUGUGUUGAGACUCCCAGAAUUAACGUGUGUGUUCCAAUGGUCGUCUCCAACUUCUCUGACCCAACAAGCAAACGCUACUGCCAGCGGCUGAAGACUUGCCGCACUGACUUCGAUUGUUUUGCCAGCGGUUGUUGCGUGUUCAACCCCUACGCCACGGCCGAUUCUACCUGCCCCUACCCCCCAGACAGCUACAAGUACCCCCCCUUCUCUCGGCCCGGACAAAUCGUCCCAUCUGAGCUUGGGGUCUGUGUGCCUCUACAGAACUAUAACGAAACCUGCAUCAUUCCCCUGGAUCCAAAGGACACGAGGUGCCCAUGUGGGACAAACAACGUGUGCUUCCCACACAUCCCCGGAACCAUUUUUGGGACGUGCUACCCACGAGAUGUAAUUGAGAAUCUGUAUGGUUAAGUUAGUGUCUGGCACUAAUACGACAGCUGGUGCCUGAAGUAAAUAUAGGUCAAGGACAUACCCGAAUAAAAAUUCUUGCUGAAAGUG